AUGCCCCGUCGAUCACCCAGACAUGCGUUCGAGCUCUCUCGCGCCACCGAUGAUAGCGUCGCAGAAACCAGCUUGGCUGAAACCCAACCCUCCGAGGUUAGCUUCCGCACCGAGGAAGGCACUCGUGCGCCUGAGUCUACCCUAGGACAAUCGGCUGCCUCGACCACCAGGACCCCGCGUAGGAACCCAAGGAGGCAAGUGAGGGACGGACAACCGGAAGGCCACGACAACAACAGCAUGGAGAUUCGGGACUCCGGAGCGAGCAUGUCGCACACCUCUCAGCUCAGCGUACCGGGCUUCUCAAAGUGGACCUCCUUCGCCUCUUUCAGUUUGAGAGGGCCUCCAGCGCAGGAAGAGAGCAGAAAGGAAAGCCCAGACUGGGUUCACUGGUGUGAACACAGGGAAGACUUCUUGAGGCACUACGAUCUCUUGAGCCCGCUGAUGGUGCAGCUCGCUGCCGGACCUGGUCCUAUGUGGACCGUAGAGGGACCGAACCGGGGCACCCAAUGGAUCGAUACUAAGCAACGAGGGGUUGUUGACGAUCUCAACAAGGUGUUUAAAGCUGCGCAGGAUGCGGUCGGAAGGAUGCAGGGCUGCGAGUUUCGAAUGGAACACGAGGAAAACCUUGUCAGGGCGAGUGCAAACCGAGCGAGCCUAGCGGUUAUCAUGCAGAAGGCAUACGAGGAGUUCGUUCUUCUGGCUAAAAUGAAAGGGUUCACAUUUGCGCCUCCUCGAUCUGCGACCGCCCCCCGUAGUGCAAACUCCGGUGGUCAGGACCAACAAUCCGCUUCAGGAAGGGCUCAACCUGAUGUUCAACCCGACGCGACCAGGUCCGAUCACGAGGAUUCGGAUGAGGAGAUGCCUACCGCUUGA